AUGGGUGUUCAUGGACUGUGGACAGUCGUGCAGCCUUGCGCAAGGCCCAUCAAGUUGGAAACGCUCAACAAGAAGCGUCUUGCAGUAGAUGCAUCUAUCUGGAUCUACCAGUUUUUGAAGGCCGUCCGCGACAAGGAGGGAAACGCUCUGCGCAACUCGCACAUCGUUGGCUUCUUCCGCCGGAUAUGCAAGUUGCUGUACUUCGGGAUCAAACCGGUGUUCGUCUUCGACGGCGGCGCUCCAAUCCUCAAGCGACAGACUAUCAAUAAUCGGAAGAAACGCCGGGAGGGCCGCCGCGAAGAUGCAGUCCGAACGGCAGGGAAACUGCUGGCAGUGCAGUUGCAGAGAUCGGCCGAAGAAGCGGCAGCAGCGAGCCGCCAGAAACGAGCCGCGGACCGGGAUGAGGCAGUGCCAGAUAACCCUGUGUAUGUUGACGAUGCCUUCAUGACAGAAAAGGAAAAGAACCAGACGCGCUCCUUCAGGAAGAAGGAUGCCUACCAUUUACCCGACUUGCAAGUCUCCCUCGCGGAGAUGGGAGCGCCCAACGAUCCCCGCAUCAUGUCCCGAGAAGAACUCGAGGAGUAUGCCCGGCAAUUCCACCAGGGCGAGGAUAUCAAUUUAUAUGAUUUCUCCAAGAUAGACUUCGAUAGUCCCUUCUUCGUCAGCCUCCCGGCUACGGAUCGGUACAAUAUCCUCAAUGCGGCCCGACUCAGAAGUCGCCUGCGUAUGGGUUACUCGAAGGAACAAUUGGACACCAUGUUUCCGGAUCGUAUGGCUUUUUCUAAGUUCCAGAUCGAACGUGUCAAGGAAAGAAACGAUCUUACGCAACGCUUAAUGAAUAUCAACGGCAUGAAUGGGGAGGAGGCUUUCUACAAAUCUGGGCAGAGAAUAGCUGGGGAGAGAGGGAAGGAGUAUGUCCUGGUCAAGGACAAUACCAUCGAGGGCGGCUGGGUCUUAGGUGUGGUGGGGAAUAAGGAAGGCCAGGAGGACAGGCCAAUCGAUGUUGACGAGUAUGGCCAGCAUCAGGUGGUAGCCCCGAAGGAAGAGUUUUCAGAUGAUAGCGAUGGCGGUUUUGAAGAUGUCCCAAUCGAAGGCCUCAACCGACUCCCUAAACUUCCUUUCCUGCGAGACGGCGCUUUCGACGAAUCGAUCAUGAACCAGAUGCGUGGUGAUGUGGAGGGCAGAAGGCCCUCGGAUAUCGUGGACGAUGACUCUUUAUUCGUUCGCAACGACCCACGUACGAGCUUCCCAAGUAAUGAUUUCACUAACGGCGACGAUAUGUUUGAUGAUCUUGAAGAUAAUGACGAGGAGCUCCAGCGCGCUAUACAAAUGUCUCUGGAAUCCCCGGCCCACGGUCAAGACGACAAAGACAUGCCAGAAAUCCAAUUGAAUCGGAGCGAAGUUUCCUUACCCCAGCCAAGGGAUGAGCCCGCGGAUCUCAUGGAUGAAAGUGAAGAUGACUUUGACUUUGCGGCUGCUCUAGCUCAGUCUAAGAGGACACAAAAGACCGCCCCUACUACUCGUGUGGACAACCCAUUCGACGGUCCUUUGCCUUUUGAGUCAAUGCAGCUCAUGAAGCCGAGCAAGGUCAAUGAGCCACGAAAAGAGCAGGAAACCGAGAAAGACCAAGCUAAGGAUGACAGGGAAGCGACAAAGCCCAAAAAGGAGGCUUUGCCUCUGCCACCGUGGUUUUCAGCGGCAUCCCGUGAUAAUCAUAAUGCAGAGUUCAUCGCCGACGAGGUUGAAUCUCGACCAGGCAGGGAAACUCGUGAUGAGAAGCACGACUCGGACGCACUUUUCGUACGGGAUGAGGCAGCAAACCACAAAUACGCUCAUCGUGGACCUGCGGGCAGAAGAGAGGUCAUAAAUAUUGAUUCCGAGUCUGAAGGGGAAGAGAGCUUACCUAUUCCGACGAAUGCUCCGACGAUACACACCACACUUACUACUGUGGAGGUGCCCGGCUCUGAGAAGUCUAUCAAUGAACUUGAAUCAACUUUAUCCAAUGGCGAUGUAGCCAACACUACUGAAAACUCUAACAUCACACGGUCCGAAUCAUCUCCCACUCCUGAGUUCGAGGAUGUUGCCAUACCGCAUACUGGCAUGCCUGACGAUGCUAUGCCUGUAGCGCAAGAUGAUUUUGAGGACGUCAUGACAACACCUGGAGGCAUAGCAGAUAAUACCAAGUUUGUCGUAGAAGAUGCACCAGAAGACUAUUCCGACCCUGAAGACGAGGAUCUAAUGCAACAACUUGCAGCUGAAGGCGAAGAACAUGUCCGGUUUGCUGCCGCACUGAAUUCUGAGACGAACACCGCAAGUGCAUUCGACUAUGAGCAGGAGCUGAAGCAAUUGCGGUUUCAGCAGAAGAAGGAUCGCCGAGAUGCCGAUGAGGUGUCGCAAGUCAUGAUCACUGAGUGCCAGCAGCUGCUGUCGCUCUUUGGCUUGCCGUACAUUACCGCGCCCAUGGAAGCUGAGGCUCAGUGUGCGGAAUUGGUUUCUUUAGGGCUCGUUGACGGCAUCAUCACUGAUGAUAGCGAUUGCUUCCUAUUCGGCGGCACACGGAUAUACAAGAAUAUGUUCAACCAGGGCAAGUUCGUCGAAUGCUACUUGUCUUCCGAUCUAGAGAAAGAAUAUGCCCUCCAUCGCAACAAGCUGAUCAGACUUGCACAUCUAUUGGGAAGCGAUUAUACGGAAGGUAUCCCCGGAAUUGGCCCUGUAACUGCAUUGGAAAUACUUACAGAAUUUACCGAUUUGGAAGAGUUCAACGAAUGGUGGACACAAGUGCAGACGGGGGUCAGUAUGAGUAACAGCGAGCAUGCUGCCUUUUACAAACGGUUCAAGAAGCAAGCCACAAAGAUAUUUUUGCCGCCAUCCUUCCCUGAUCACCGGGUAGACAUCGCUUACCUCGAGCCUGAGGUGGACUCCGACCCUUCACCUUUCCAGUGGGGCGUGCCUGACUUGCAUGGUCUACGCAGCUUCUUGAUGUCGACCGUUGGCUGGAGCCAAGAGCGGACCGAUGAGAUUCUUGUGCCUGUUAUCCGUGACAUGAAUCGCAGAGAGCAAGAAGGCACCCAGUCAAAUAUCACCAGCUUCUUUACGGGACCCCAGGGUGCGGGCGCAUUCGCUCCUCGUGUCCGUACCGGCGGCCAGAGUCGAAUGGAGAAGGCCUUCCGUCGCCUUCAACAGCAGGCUGGGACCGCAGCAGCACCCCACCCCUCUGACGGGGAGACUGUUCCCACUGCUGAUGUCUCGCCCGAGAACCAGCUCUCGUCUGCCAAAGAAGCGGGCACCAAACGGGGUGCGCGCAAAGCACGUGCUGUGGAUCCGGAGCAGGUGGCUGAUAAGGCUCAGACCACUAAGAAGAGGAAAACCCGCCGUGGGGCUAAUUAG